UGCCAUGGUUACACAAACAAGAACUGGGCUGAAUUUGAUUUUAAAAGAACAACUGUGAUUUUUUUAAAGUUGAUUCACGACUGGAUUCCUCAUCACCGUGGUAACUAUUUACUGGACGUUCUACGGCUGACUCCACCAUGCUGUACUUCCAGGUUGUGAUUUUGGUGGCUACAGUGAUGCUGGUGUACUACUGUGAGUUCACUGACACUUUCAGUCCAGCACAGCAGGGCUUCCUCUGCAGAGACCCAGCUUUAACCAAACCAGAUCCUGGACCUGAACAGCUCAGCCUCAUCCAGCCUGUGAUACUGUACUCUGUGGUGGGUGGGCUGCCUGUUGUACUGAUCUCAGGUGUAGAGCUAAUUAUCUUCCUCCUUCACCACAACUCAAACAACCUUUACGACUCAGACAAGGUCAUGGUCAUGGCUGACUGUUGCUAUGUGAACCCAAUGGUGCGCAGGACUGUUCGUUUCCUUGGUGUGUAUGUUUUCGGUCUGUUCACGACAGACAUCUUUGUCAACGCAGGUCAGCUGGUCACAGGAAGUCUGGCGCCUUAUUUCCUGUCUGUUUGCCAGCCCAAUUACACUGCCCUCAGCUGCCAGGACACGGCACACUUUGUCAGCCAAUCAGACGCCUGUACUGGGGACCCUCAGGACAUUAUGAGAGCCAGGAAGACGUUUCCCUCCAAAGAGGCUGCACUAAGUCUGUACACAGCGGUUUAUCUGGCAAUGUACGUCAUGUCCUGCAUUGGUACCAGCGGAGGUCGACUGACCGGCCCCCUCAUCAGUCUCUCAGUGGUCAGUCUGGCUGUGCUGACAGGCAUCAAUAGAGUGGCCGAGUACCGGAACCACUGGAGUGACAUCAUAGCGGGACAAGUCAUCGGGGGAGCUAAUGCUGUCUUUCUUGUGGUGUUUGUGGUACAGUAUUUUAAGAAGAGACCUCUGAUUCCUCACAGUCCUUCUGACGGUGGCACAUCUAACACUGAUGAGCCAUCACUUCCAACUUAUCCCACCAUGGAAACCAGUGGCAAAGAUAAUGCUGCACAGAGCCCAGGGACGUGCACAGAAGUCACAUGACUAUGACUCCCAGCCCACCGAAUGACGAAGAUGAAAUGGACAAAACGUAUUGGACAUCAAACUUGGACCUUUAUAAAAUCACAUUUUAGGGUUUAUACUCUCUUUUGUUUGAGAGUAUAAACAUUGAUAAUCAAGUGGAUUUUGAGCUAUGACUAUAAUUACUGCAACCAAGCAGUUAGUAAAUAUGUCUGCUUUAUGGUGCAUGACAGACAGAGGGCGCUGUUAGUUCAGAGUGGAUAAAAAAAAGUUGCACAGGAGGUUUGUUGCAAAUGUGCAAUUGCAGUAAAGUGGUAUAAUUCAGUGUAAAUGGUAAUACAUUUAACAAUACCAGUGGGAAAAAAGCUCCUUUGUCCAAAUUUCUGAAUGUCAUUAUACCAUUGUGUAUGAGAGGUUGAUGCUAUACUGUAAAUCAUGUAUUUAUGUCUAAUAUAAUAUCCAGUAAUACUGUGUAUUUUACAUCAACAAAUAUAGUAGUAUCUAUAGGUUACAUUAAAAACUGUGUGAAAUAAUGUAAAUACAUUACGUCUGUGGUUAACGUCUCCAGGCAGCAGAGUAUGAGUAAAAAUAUUAGUUGAUAUUCUUUGUUCAUACAUAUGAAUACAUCCAGGUUCUGUCAAUUUUUUUAACGCACCUUCCCUGACAUCCCAAGAUGGUCGUCUGGUUCCAUAUUUCCUUAAUGUGUUGUGAUUAUAACAUAUACAGUGUCUUGUUAUACCAUGAAUUUUUGUUUUGUUUUAGUUGUUCAAUACUUUGACAUCACAAACGAUAAGCUGUUGAAUAUGUGUAUUCUGCAAACAAAUAAUUAUAUUUUAUUUAUUUUGAAUAUUGUGCAUCAAAUAGAAUUUUAAUGAGAAAAUGACUCAUUGUCUUUUGUUCCUGAGUGGGUCAAUGGAUUAGUAUCUAUCGUAAGAAAUUAUAAAGUAGUCAGCUGUGUUUAGAC